AUGUCCGGGAAUGUAAAAUAUUAUUACGAUAUAGUAACCAGCAAAUUGUAUUUUUUUGAUAUUCUGAGUGUUCAAUGGAAAGAAUAUAAUGAAGAUACUUUUAACGAUGGAUAUGCACAAGUUAAUAACACAUCCAAGUAUAAUGAGAAAGAUAGUGUUGAUAAAUAUUCAUUCUACAACACAAGACAUGUACAACAUACAAAUAAAAAGGGAUAUAAAGAAAUAGUUCAUAAAAAAAAAGAUUCUAACAAUCAAUUGUAUGAAUUAACUAAUAAUGUUUCUAAUAAAAUUAUGAGAAGUGGUAAUAAUCUUAUAAAGAAAUUAAAAGAAUCAUUUAAUAUUUCUGAUCCAUCAACUUCACAAAAUGAUACCUCAAAUGUAAAUGCACAAAGUGAGAAGGUAAUUAAAGAAAUGAGUGAUCAUAUUUAUCCUUCUCAAAAUGAUAUAAGAAAUUAUAAUAAUGAAAAUAAAGUGGAAUAUGAUGACUCAUUAAAUAAUUAUUAUGAGGAAGAAGAAGAAGAAGAGGAAAAAGAUAAUGAAGAAGAAAUUAUUAAUCAUAAUAGUAAUACGAAAGAAGAAGAUGGAGAGUAUCAAAAUAAUAUUCAUAAUAAUGAUAAUAAUACUUAUGAUUAUAAUAAUACAGCUAAUAAUUUAUCAAAUAUUUAUACAGAUGAAUAUGAACAAUACAAUGAGAAUGGUAAUGAGAAUGUAUAUAAAGAAUCUGGAAAUUAUGAAAUAAACGAUAAAAAUUAUUAUGAUGAAAAUAUGAAUUAUUACGAAGAAGCUGAGAAUUAUGAUACUGAUUAUAAAAACGAUUAUGAAGAAAAUGGAUAUUAUUAUGAACAGGACAUGAAAAAUUAUAAUAAAGAAAAUAAUUAUGAAUAUGACGAAACAAAAAAAUAUAAUAAUAAUAAUAAUAAUAAUGAUGACGAUGAUGAUGAUGAUGAUAAUAUCCAUUCGAAUAAUAAAACAGAACAAACAGAUUCUAAAGAUACACAAAAUACCAAACAAAUUUUUUAUAGCUAUGAAAAACAACAUAAAGAAAGUACUAAUCCAUAUGAUAAAAUAUAUUUAAAUGAAAAAAAAGAAGACACAUAUGAAUAUUCACCUGUUGUAGAAAAAAAUGAAGAAUAUAUAAAAGAUAGAGAAUAUGGGGAAAAUAAAAAUAAGUUAAAAGAAUAUAAUGAUAGUACACUUCUUAAAAAAUUAAAUAAGGAAGAAAUACAGAAGAAGAAUUCGGCAAAUUCACGUGAUUCUAGCCCUAGUUCAUGUGGUUCAAAUAAAUUAAGUGAACGUAUAAAUAGUCUAAUAAAUGAAUCAUAUAGUAUUCAUUCACUUACACCUCAACAUCGUAGUUAUCUUACCAACAGUAGCUAUUAUUAUCAUAGUAAUCAUUAUUAUAGUAAUAAUUCUUUAUCAAAAAGAGGUAGUUCCAAUUUAAUAGAAAAUUUAUUAAGUCAUAGUGGGACAAAAUCAGAUAAUUUUCAGUCUUUCAAUGAAGCUGAAAAUAAUGAUGGAAAAGAUAAUCAUACAGAAGAAACAAUAAUGAAUAAGAAAACUUCAAAAGUUAAUUUUGAAAAUAUAAAAGAUUCAAAAGAACAAACGUUUGAUAAAAAUAAAAAAGCAUAUAAAGAAAAUGAAGAAUCUAACAUAAAUCAUGAAACUAAUGAUACAUCUGAAAUACCAUUUGUACGUAGAGCAACCAGAACACUUACUUUUAAAAAUCAAGGAGGGUUAACUGGAUGCUUAAAAACGGUCCAUAAGAAAAAACAAGAAUUAAUGUUAUCAUCACCAAAUGGUGUUAGCGAUAUAGAUAUAAAAAUUGCAAACCUUAAAAGAAGAGCAAGGGAAUUAGCUCAAAGAUAUAAAUCCAAAGAAUAUUCAAAUCAUGAUCAAGAAAAAAAUGAAAAUAUGAAAACAAAAUUUGAAGAUAUAGUUUUACAAGCACAAAAGCAAAAAAGAGAAAUACAGCAAAUGCAAAAUAUAUGA